CAUACUGUGAGAGUGUGUCAGACUCAUAAGACCCCUUUUUCUCUCUCUCUCUUUAUCUUACGAAGAUUCCAUCAAAGCAGCGAAGCCACACACAUACACAGACUACAUUACGUGUGUAUCUCUCUCUUUCUUCUAUAUAUCCCACUAAAGUUACAUUUUCUUUAUAUAAAAAUCAAAAAUUCUCUUUUUUCGUCUUCUUCUUGCUUUUUCAAUAACACCAGCUUUACCUUUCCACACACACUUCUUCUUCUCUUCUUUUCUCUCUCCUUAGCUUCUUCUUUUUCUUCUUCAAGGUUUUGAUCAGCUUGAAAUUUUCCAUAGCCAUGGACACAGCUAAAUGGCCUCAGGAGUUUGUUGUGAAGCCAAUGAACGAGAUCGUGACAAACACAUGCUUGAAACAGCCUAAUCCUCCUCCUUCUACUGCUACUGCUGCUGCUCCUCCGGUGGAGAGGAAGGCAAGACCGGAGAAAGAUCAGGCUUUGAACUGCCCAAGAUGCAACUCCUUAAACACAAAGUUCUGUUACUACAAUAACUACAGCUUGACGCAGCCCAGGUAUUUCUGUAAGGACUGCAGGAGGUAUUGGACCGAAGGUGGGUCGCUUAGGAAUAUCCCCAUAGGUGGUGGUAUCAGGAAGAACAAGAGAUCUUCCUCUUCCUCUUCCUCUUCCUCUUCUUCUUCUAAUUCCAAUUCCUCACCCUCGUCCUCUUCGUCUUCAAAGAAGGCUCUUUUUGUCAACAACACCACGCCGCCACCACCACCACUGCCACAUGUAAACCCUAAGGAUGCCCAGGCGACUGCGACGGCGGCCAAAGUUCAAGACUUGGCGUUUUCUCAGAAUGCCCACGAGGUUAAAGAUCUCAACUUGGCGUUUUCUCAAGGUUUUGGGAUUGCUCAUCAUCAUCAUCACACUAUCCCUGAGUUUCUGCAAGUAGUACCCAGCAGCAUGAAGAACAACCCACUUGUCUCAACCUCCUCGGCUUUGGAGCUUUUAGGGAUCUCUAAUUCCUCACGCCCUGCUUUCAUGCCUUUUCCUAGUGUUCAUGACUCAUCAUCAGUUUACGCAGCAGCCCCCGGGUUUGGUCUGAGUUACCCACAGUUUCAAGAGUUUAUGAGACCACCAGCUUUGGGCUUCUCUCUUGACGGUGGGGAUUCUCUACAUCAAGAAGAAGGGUCCACUCGCACUAACAAUGGAAGUAGGCCUUUGCUGACAUUUGAGAGCCUGAAACUUCCAGUUUCAUUAUCAAGCACCAAUAGUGGUGGCAAUGGGAAUGAUCACCAUCAUCACAGCGAUCAUGAACACGGGAAAGAAGAAGGAGAUGCUGACCAAUCUGUUGGGUUUUGGAAUGGCAUGCUAAGUGCUGGUGCCUCUGCUGCCUCUGGUGGUGGUGGAUCAUGGCAAUAAAUUAUAGUCAAGGACCCAAAGAGCUUUUUUAGAAGGAAAUAUGAAAAAGCAUAAAGUUAUAUAAUUUCAUCCACAUUUUUAAAGAUGAGGGUUAACUACCCAUCAGGGUGUUUACUGUAUUAGUCCUUUUCUUUUCAUAUAAAAAAAAGAGUUAUUUAACUUCGUUUUGGGUUGGGGAUGGAUACUGUAUGACUUUUGUAUUUUAAAAUCAAAUCUCAGUUGUUCUGCUCGUUA